CUCGCCUUCCAUUUCCCUAUUUGCCCUGCCGUGCAGCCACUUCCGGGGACUGCAUUUCCCGGCCUGCCCCGCGGGCUCUGUACGUUGAGUUAAUCUAGGCGGCCGUCUGGUGGCGCUGUACUCGGUGUCAGUCCGUCUGCCUGGCUGUUUUUCCCGGUUGCUUGGUGGUACCAUGGCCGCCGCUGCCGCCGGGGUUGUGUUUCCCAAGCUGGGGUCCGGUUGCCGCCGGCCGGAGAACAUGGUGACGCGGGUUCGGCGGGGGCAGCUGACCGGGAGCGGCCUCACCCGAGGGUCCCAGGUAGGGCAGCAGGCCUGUGCUGGAGAGAUAAUAGCAGGCCCCGGGGGGGAAACCGGGGGAGAGGGGGGGGCAAUAUCAUCAGUGACACACUGUGUACAUAGAGCCCAGCUUUAUAUUAUUAUUAUUAUAUCAUCAGUGACACACUGUGUACAUAGAGCCCAGCUUUAUAUUAUUAUUAUUAUAUCAUCAGUGACACACUGUGUACAUAGAGCCCAGCUUUAUAUUAUUAUUAUUAUAUCAUCAGUGACACACUGUGUACAUAGAGCCCAGCUUUAUUAUUAUUAUUAUUAUAUCAUCAGUGACACACUGUGUACAUAGAGCCCAGCUUAUAUUAUUAUUAUUAUUAUAUCAUCAGUGACACACUGUGUACAUAGAGCCCAGCUUUAUAUUAUUAUUAUUAUUAUUAUAUCAGUGACACACUGUGUACAUAGAGCCCAGCUUUAUAUUAUUAUUAUUAUAUCAGUGACACACUGUGUACAUAGAGCCCAGCUUUAUAUUAUUAUUAUUAUAUCAGUGACACACUGUGUACAUAGAGCCCAGCUUUAUAUUAUUAUUAUUAUUAUAUCAUCAGUGACACACUGUGUACAUAGAGCCCAGCUUUAUAUUAUUAUUAUUAUUAUAUCAGUGGCACACUGUGUACAUAGAGCCCAGCUUUAUAUUAUUAUUAUUAUUAUAUCAUCAGUGACACACUGUAUACAUAGAGCCCAGCUUUAUAUUAUUAUUAUUAUUAUUAUUAUAUCAUCAGUGACACACUGUGUACAUAGAGCCCAGCUUUAUAUUAUUAUUAUUAUAUCAGUGACACACUGUGUACAUAGAGCCCAGCUUUAUAUUAUUAUUAUUAUAUCAGUGACACACUGUGUACAUAGAGCCCAGCUUUAUAUUAUUAUUAUUAUUAUAUCAUCAGUGACACACUGUGUACAUAGAGCCCAGCUUUAUAUUAUUAUUAUUAUUAUAUCAGUGGCACACUGUGUACAUAGAGCCCAGCUUUAUAUUAUUAUUAUUAUAUCAUCAGUGACACACUGUGUACAUAGAGCCCAGCUUUAUAUUAUUAUUAUUAUUAUUAUUAUUAUUAUUAUUAUAUCAGUGACACACUGUGUACAUAGAGCCCAGCUUUAUAUUAUUAUUAUUAUUAUUAUUAUUAUUAUUAUAUCAGUGACACACUGUGUACAUAGAGCCUAGCUUUAUAUUAUUAUUAUUAUUAUUAUUAUUAUUAUAUCAUCAGUGACACACUGUGUACAUAGAGCCCAGCUUUAUAUUAUUAUUAUUAUUAUUAUUAUUAUUAUUAUUAUAUCAUCAGUGACACACUGUGUACAUAGAGCCCAGCUUUAUAUUAUUAUUAUUAUUAUUAUUAUUAUUAUAUCAUCAGUGACACACUGUGUACAUAGAGCCUAGCUUUAUAUUAUUAUUAUUAUUAUUAUUAUUAUUAUAUCAUCAGUGACACACUGUGUACAUAGAGCCUAGCUUUGCAUCAUAUUAUUAUUAUUAUUAUUAUUAUUAGUGUUAUAUCAUCAGUGACACACUGUGUACAUAGAGCCCAGCUUUACAUAUUAUUAUUAUUAUUAUUAUUAUUAUUAUAUCAGUGACACACUGUGUACAUAGUGCCCAGCUUUGCAUCAUAUUAUUAUUAUUAUUAUUAGUGUUAUAUCAUCAGUGACACACUGUGUACAUAGAGCAUAGCUUUACAUCAUCAUUAUUAUUAGUGUUAUAUUAUCAAUGACACACUGUGACUGUGUAUAUAGAGCCUAACUUUACAUCAUCAUUAUUAUUAUUAUUGUCAUUUAUGUAGCGCCAACAGAUUCCAUAGCGCUUUACAAUAUUAUUAGGGGGGGGGCUGUCAUGGUUUGUCAGUAAGCAGGGACCUUCCUGACACACUCAGCCGGUAAGUAGUUACAUCAUGUACCUGUCCCCAAGCAACCUUCCUGAUGGGGUGACUUGGGGGGGGGGCAGGGGGGUGUUGUCACAUCCAGCAUUUCUAGAGAGCACCCACAAACCUCAUGUUGAUGGGAGUCACAGGAAAAGCGUUGCCCUGUAGUAUGUAGAAGGUUAUAAUAUUAUUAUUAUUAUUAUUUAUUGCCAUUUAUAUAGUGCCAACAGACUCCGUAGCGCUUUACAAUAUUAUUAGAGGGGGGGUCUGUCAUGGUCUGUCAGUAAGCAGGGACUUACCUGACACACUCAGCAGGUAAGUAGUCACUUCAUGUACCUGUCCCCAAGCAGACUUCCUGAUGGGAUGACUUGUUGGGGAGGGUUGGUGGUGGGAUGCUGUCACAUCCAGCAUUUCACCAUUACACCAUAACAACUUCAUUUAGAGAAACUGCAAUGUUUCUAUUGCAGGGUUAAGCACCUGUAGUGGCUGUCUUCCUGAUGGCCAGAAGAGGUGCCACACCUGUGAGAACGAAGUCAGAUUUAAUUCUCAAACAAGUGCUGCCCAUCGAGAGCAUCUCAGCUGGAAAGGCAGAGCAACUGCGUAGGGGACACUAUAGCAUGUCCUGUAAAUCAGUAGAUUCUUUUCAAUUAUCCAGCCACCGUCUUGCUAACCAUGACAUUCAGACCUGCUAGUAGCUGGAAAAGAUAUUUUUUUUCUUGCACACCCAUGCUGUCCACAACAACACCCCCUGUUCUAUAAAAAUCUUUGCCUUCUAUGCUAAUUAAAUUAUGCAGAAUAGUGUGUAUCCGGAUAUUGAAUCCAUGCUGUCCAGGUGUAUAUUGGGCACUGCCUCAUCUGCAGAGCAAGAUAAUGAUUCUCCCUUUUUAGAAUAUAAUACUAAAUGGUCCUAAAGUUCAGGUAAAGACUGACUGUAAGACCCAUUCAGGUAGACCUGCAAUAAUGUCCUUUCUAUCGUUAUUGGACAUAAGAAACACAUAACAUCACUUUGGUAGUCCACUAACUUUAAAAGGAAAGAUUAAUAAUGGGUAAAUGCAAACUAUAAGCACCCUGACCACUUCGUCUUAUUGACGUGGUCUGGGUAAGGUGCACUGUCCAGUUUCUGAGAGUUUACAUUGCAGGGCUGAGUCCACCUUUAGUGGCUGUCUUCCAGACAACCAAUAGAGUCGCUUCCUAGCAGAAUUUAAUUCCGUGAAACAACAUUGAACAUCCAAUUCGACAUGCUUUGCAUGAGGAUGUCUAACUUCUUAAAAUCACCAUAGGAAAGCAUUGGUUCAGUGCUUUCCUAUGGGGAAGCUUUAAUGUGCAGUCAGUUCCAUUGCAUAAAUCUUUCAAUUAGCAGAGCAUAACGUCAUCUUUUUGGCAUUUUUGUUAUUUUAUAUAUAUGUGUGUGUGUGUAUGUAUAUACAUACACACACACAUACUCUCUAAUUUCUACAGAUAGUAAACAUAUUGUAGUACUUAGGAGUAGGUGUGCUCCUGUGUGUAGAGUUAGUGUUUGUAUAUCAUUUUAGCAUUUUAAUACAGGAAAGUGUUUGUAUGUAUUUUUUUGCGUGCAAAGGUGUGUAGUAUUGGUGUUUGAGUGUUUGUAUAUAAUUUUGGAGUUAGAGUUCAGGGGUCUCUUUUUAUGUCAUGUUUGUGUUUGCAGAUGUGUGUGAUGUGUUGGUGUUUAAUUGCUGGGAUGUCUGUACAUAUACAGACUUACACAUUAACAAACAGAAACACAUACACAGUCAUAUACACACACCUUGACACAGAUACACUGGCACAUACAAACACAGAUAUAAACAGACUUGACACACAGAUGUGUGUGUGCGCGCGCUCGUGCACAGAUACACAUACUGAUAGAUACACACACUGACACAUGUUUAUAUUUGCUGUUCACUUACCUUUUUUUCUUCAUGAGGGUGACUUCCUUCAGUGCUGCUAGCUGAGGAUGGUGUGCCAAAUUGGCACUCCCCGCUGCUCCCUCUCUGCCUGGGAGUAAGUGCUGUCACUUCCUCCCAGCAUCCCAUAAAACAGGGGGUCCGGUCGCAGCCUUAGACAGCCGCAGCGCCUGAUCUUACCCAUGUUUAGCGAUACCCAUCGUGUGGCCCUAAGUGCUUGGGCCACCCGACGGGGAAAUUGCUGCGGAACACCAAUUGGGAAACGAUGCCCCAUCCGCAUGGUCAGAUGUCACAGGAGGAGGAGAUCUUACCAGCACUGAGGAAGCCUCAGCAAUUGAAUUAAGGCAAGUAAAAAAAGUCUUUUUUUCUUUUUCUUUUUUUUUUCUUCUUUUUUUGCCCUUUUAUCAAAAGGGGGAAGAGAGACCCAGAGAAAUAGGGAAUGGAACACUAUAGUGUUAGGAAUACAUGUUUGUGUUCCUUUAACUGUUAGCCACUGUUGUAGAGCACUUUCCUUGGAUUUCAUCAAAUGGUAUGGAACACCACUUUCUCUUAAAGGAGCACUAUAGUGUUUGGAAUACAAAAAUGUACAUACAAUUAUUUUUAAAGUACAUAACAUUGUGUAAAUAGUGUAUUAUCCAGCUACUUUCAUGAUGGCAUGUGUUUCUAAAAGUGUGUAUGUAGACUUUCAUUUAUUUAUUAUUUUAACUUAAUUUCUCUUAUAAAUAUUUUUACGUUUAGAUCUUUUUCUUUCUUUUUUUUUUUUUUCUAAAAUAUAAAAUUGUCAAUAAUAAAACUAAAUAUUUUAAAGAUGCAGUUAACCUCAGCAAUUAUCUCCAUGGUUAUAUGAAUCACAGAAUAAUGGAGUAGAACAUAGAAUGGGACAGAGCUAGUCACUAUGUAGCAUUUGUAGUUAAGCUUGGACAGAUUUUGUUCACCUUGCAACCAACUUGUGUCUACUUAUAUAUCUAAAGCAGAUGGGAGAGUUAUUUUUUUUAUUUUUUUUGAUCAUGUUGCAGUGGGCAAGAAGUUUUCAAAACAUUUUUAUAUCUGUAUGAAAAACUCCAGAAUAAGUUUUUAACAUUCACCAUUGAUAUUCUUGUAAUUCUACAUUCGUUCAAAAUAUUAAAUAACCCUCCUAUCAUAGUGUCGCUAUUACAGGACACUAACAAUAAUCUUUUUAGAGUUAUUUUGGAAACCUUAUUGAUGAAAGGAAAAGUGACUCACCCUUUCCUAAACGUAAUUUCAACGCUCUUUAUUUAUGGGGGUUUUUUUCAUCAUUUUUGCCUUCUACCUUCAUCUUCAAAGAAUGGUUUUUUGUUUGUUUGUUUUUUUUUUGCAAACUGACGAAGAGCCCAGUCUGUUUAGAAUGCACACUUCUUACACAGUGUUAUCCAUGGACAUUGUAAAAUAUCAGGAAAGGGUUCUUUUAUGUCAGUCAUAUUUUAACAGUGUCAAAGAGGGUGUAGUGUAAUGUCAUCCUCUAUGCAAAUGAACAUGUGGUCAUUUUAACUGACUGAGAUAUUUAGGGUGUGUCUGAACUAUUGAUAGUCCGAUACAAUAACCUAUUUAUUGCAAUAAUAAAACACACAGAGUAGUUUUGAGGUCACGACUAAUAUCAGUAUCCAGUUUAAAGGAUCAGUCUCCAGUUCUAAUUGAAUCAAGUCGGAUUGGUUGAGAGUCUGUCUGUUGUUUUCUGUGGCAUUCAGGAAGUUGAAUUGCAGGUUGAGAUAGCAUUAAUCAUAAACUAUAGCUUGAUGGUUUUAUAAUAAAAAUAUACUUAAAGGACCAAUCUAGGCACCCGGACCACUUCAGCUUAAUGAAGUGGUCUGGGUGCCAGGUCCCUCUAGGAUUAACCCUUUUUUUUUUUUUUUUAAUUUUUUUUUAUAAACAUAGCAGUUUUCAGAGAAACUGCUAUGUUUAUAAAUGGGUUAAUCCAGCCUCUAAAUCCUCUAGUGGCUGUCUCAUUGACAGCCGCUAGAGGCGCUUGCAUGAAAAUUGCUUGCAUGAAAAUCACAGUGAGGAGACGCAAGCGUCCAUAGGAAAGCAUCGUAAAUGCUUUCCUAUGAGACAGACUGAAUGCGUGUGCAGCUCUUGCCACGCAUGCGCAUUCAGCCGAAGAGGAGGAGAGCUCCCCAUCCGGCGCUGGAAAAAAGGUAAGUUUAACCCCUUUACUUGCCAUCCAGCCUGGCGGGAGGGGGACCCUGAGGUCACCCUCAGGGCACUAUAGUGCCAGGAAAAUGAGUGUUUUCCUGGCACUAUAGUGGUCCUUUAAAUACCUUCGUAAUAGAGAGAUAAAUAAAUGCAGUGGCUUCACAAGGUUUGCUCACAUCAUUUUUCAUCCCGUGAUGCAUAGCCUGCUGCUGCUAAAUACUUGUUUGGUAGGCUAGCAGGGAUAUUCACAAAUGUGAAAACACUGGAAAAAUGGAAUUGUGUACAUUAUGAAAUUCACUGUUUCCUGCGAGUCUUACAUUACUAAAAUAACCUUUCCUAAAUAUUGCCAGAUUAAUUUUAUGUGAUUUGGAGAUUACAGUUGCACAUAUUGGUUGGGAAACCUCUAUAACCAAUCCAGCAGGAAUCAGGAUCUGACAAUGACAUGUUUACUGUCUAAAGGGGCAUGACUCCCCUUCAUAUCUUGGAAACAUAUCUGCUCUUUUUAUACGUCCGCGAACCAGUCAGAGAUGGUGGACAGCACAUGUGUUAACGACAGACUCCUGUAUCGCUCUCUGUUAUCCUCCCUCUCAUUGGUAAUAAUUUACAAACUUUUUGUGUUGCAGCCCUGUUUUUUACAUAAUACAGAUUAAGGAACAGCGCACUCAUAAAAUUCAUUUCUAAAUUCAUAAAGGCUACUUAAAAUCUCCUUUUCUAGAAAACUAAUUUGGGUAUUCAGUUGUGCCAUAUUGUGUUAAGCUCACCUCUACUUUACAGUACCCUAAUAUCGGUUUGUCCUACAGUAAUUUCAGCAUGGGAGACAUUAAAUAAUGCCAGUGCUAAAUAAGCUGAAGUAUAUUGAAAUAAUCUGUUUGUAAGAGGAAUAUAAUUGCAAAAUUUGUGAUAAAUGCAAUAAAAAAAAAAAAAAUUCAGCAUCAAAACUAAACAAUUAAAGUGAUAGUGCUUUUAUGUGUAUAUACUCACAAUGCAAAUUAUAUAUCUGCUCAAUGAAAAUUGUAAUUGAAGUGACAUUACUGACAGCCCGGUUUUAUGACAUGAUCGUGAACCACCAGGAUCCUUUUCUGUAAAUCUCCUGUUUUCACUUCAUCAUGACUCAUUGUUUAAUAAAGAACCACAAGAUUGUGUGACCAAAUGGGAUCAUUGUUUAACAAUAAAAUGGGCUAUUUAGAAACCGCAUUUAACCUACUGUCAGCCUAUUUCACUAAUGUCCCGCCAUUAGUGAUCACGCCUGCUUUGCUGCAGAUUGACUUAGUGAUAUGUCUAUAUUUAUAUAUAAAUUAAUCAAUAAUAUCCAAGCAUUACUCUCUGCUGAAAUCAUCUGAUAUUUAGUUUGGUGCAGCUGAAUUUAUAAGUAAUAUUUUUAUUCUUAAUAGGGGAACAAUAUAAAUGGAUGAUGUCACAAUGCUGUGAAGUAAAAUGCUUGUGGUUGUAGGCACAGCCCUUCCUGCUCUCUGCCCGUGACCGUGUUGUUUCUCAUUAUCAUGCUUUUUGAGGCCGAGGAGUGAAACUACCUUGAGAAGGAAAGUUUCACUUUAUAUUUUAACUUUUAGUCUGUCUUGCACUUUGUACUGUAGUUUAAACUAUGAUGACCUCUAAAGCAGACUUGUCACUUGUGUGUUAUUUAUUUAUUUAUUUAUUUUUACUUUUCACUUCAUGAAAGAUAGUAAAAUAAAAGGUAACUUAAAGGAACAAUAAAGGGUUAGGAACAGAAACAUGUAUUCCUGACCCUAUAGUGUUAAAAAAAGAAAAGUGAAAUCUUAUUCCAGUCUGCUGCUGGCUCUGCCCCUGAUCUGCCUGCUUGGCUGAUAUCAUCAGAUGUGUUGAUCUGAGCCAAUUACAAUGCUUUCCCAUAAGAAAGCAUUGGAUCAUUGAAUCCAUGCAUCUCUAUGAGGAAAGUUCAGUGGCACUGAAUGUCAGUGCUGCACUGCCCCAGUGGAAGUGUCCCUAAUCUGUAAUGUAAACACUGCUGUUUUUCUGAAAAAAGUAUUUACUGCAAAAAGUAGUAGGCUGAUUAUACUCGCCAGGACAAAUACAAUAAGCUGUAGUUGUUCUGGUGGCUAUAGUAUAAGAUCUAUUGCCAUUGAUUCUUUUCAUAACCCCUGUAUAUCUUAUGCUUUAUUGUAUUCUUGUACAUGCUGCAUGGAAAAUCACUCAAAGUAUCUGGUAGUGGUUGGAUUUGUUUCCAAUGUAUUUUAAAAUGAGCAAAUUAUUUCUGGGUCAAGUGAAACUAUUUCUCGUUUCAGUCUUUAUGAAUACUGUGUACAUAGUCCUAAACACGAAUACUGUUUUUUUCCGUUUUGUUCAGUUUUUUUGCUGGAAGAAAAAUCACUGUGCAUCCUGCAUUAAUGUAUGUCCUAGGCACAAGUGAAGCAGGUCUGCAUGGGUUUCCAUGUAGGGGCCUAUCCAAGCUGAAUGCUUAAAGGAACACUGUAGGCACCAUAAAAACUUUAACAUUGAAAUGAUUAUGGUGCCUGAAGUCUGUGGGCACCGGUUCCCGCAUUACUACUAAACGUUUUACUCAGAUUUUAGCAGAGAUUCUCUAUUCCCGGCAGCCUGGAGUGAGCCUGGAGCUAUGCUUCCGCCUCGCAACAUACCAAUUCAUUUCAAGAAUUAGGAAAGUGAUUCCAUGAAAUAGAUACAUAUCCACAAUAGAUUACAUCUGCCUCUGGGGGUAUCUGUUAAGAUACACAUAAAAUGGUGCAAUUUGUAUGAUUUUCGAACCCUGCAAAACAGAUGCAUUUAAAAUUCCUAUUUACAUAACUGGAAAAUUUCAGUUCCGAUAGGUGAGUUUAGAGUGCUAAUUAUCGGGUUGUUUUUUUUUGUUUGUUUUUUUGUGAUGUCCUCACAAGCACAAGUCAGCAUGCUAGCCUAACAUACAGGAUUAAAGUGAAAGUCACUAUAUUUGUAGUCUCGUGCUCAGAAUAAAAAUAAUCACAAACUACAGAACAUGCACUGUAGCUGCUGUGAAUGAGAACCUUUUGCAGCAGGGUUCUCUUGCUCUUGCCUGUGUGUCAGUUCUAGAAAAAGUCCUGUAUACUGAUAAUGGAUUGAUGAAGAAUGAACACCGUUUCUUUCUGAUUUUACAUUUCUGCUAACUCAAAAUAAGGCUAAAAAUAAACUAAUAAUAAACAAACAUGCACAAAGACCCUGAAGCUGCAAAGCUAAGACAGGCUACUUCAUCAUCACCAGAAAGAGGCUCAACUAUCAGGAUCUUUUCAUUCUGGUUUAAGUGUUCUGAUCUUGUCCCAUAAAUCCAAAGCAGCAGAACUUCAUGGAAUCAGUAGUUUAUCCCUUAGUUGUACACACAAGUAAAGGAAACAGAUGCUUAAAGGAACACUGUAGUAUUCGGAGUACAUUAGUGUCCUUCUGCAUUCACCCCCACCAUUACAAUCAAAUAAAGUGUUAACCUGAACUCACCUAAUUUACCAUAGUCUAGCACCAAGGGCCAUUGGCGCUGGCACCGUCUCUCCCAACAUCAACGCAGAGGGAGUACCUAAUGCGCAUGCACGACGAGAGCAUUAGACCUUCCUUAUAGGAAAGCAUUGAGUACAUGCUUUCCAAUGGAGAAUUUGACGACGCCGGUUGUCCUUAUUCACAGCGUGAAAACAUUCAGGAUAGUUUCACAGAGUCAAACGCUGGUGGCUGUCUGAGUUCCUGUAGUGUCCUUUUAAGUUGUAAAAUUUCUCCUUGGCUGUAUCAGAGCCAGGGAGGCUGGCUAACAGUUGUAUCAAUGUUUAGAAAUUGCUGUAAUGUCUCUGCAGAUUUGUUAUGGUGAUUAGACAGAGCCUUUAAUUCACUUUAAAUGGCACAAAGUAAUGCUACGUAGAACUGUUGCACUUAAAGAAGCACUAUAGGGUCAGAAACACAAACAUGUAUUCCUGACUCUAGAGUGUUAAAACCACUAUUUGGCCGCCCUUGUCUCCCUAAAGAUAGUAAAAUCUUACUUGUAUUCAAGUUUGAAGCGGCUGCCUCUGCCUGUGAACUUCCUCUGACGUCAUCAGAAGUGGUGGCCUGAUCCAAUCACAGUGCUUCCCCAUAGGAUUGGCUGAGACUGACAAGGAGUCAGAUCAGGGGCAGAGCCAGCACAAUUCAAACACAGCCCUGGCCAAUCAGCAUCUCCUCAUAGAGAUGAAUUGAAUCAAUUAAUCUCUGAGGAAAGUUCAGUGUCUGCAUGCAGAGGGAGGAGAUACUGAAUGUUUGGAUGCAUUUUAUACAGCCACGACCCAGGAAGGAUCUCUAAAAGCCAUCUGAGAAGUGGCCAGUGAAGUUCUCACUAGGCUGUAUUGUAAACACUGCAUUUUCUCUGAAAAGACUGUGUUUACAGCAAAAAGCCUGAAGAUAAUGAUUCUACUCACCAGAUAAGCUGUAGUUGUUCUGGUGACAAUAUUGUCCCUUUAAAGGAACACUAUAGGGUCAGGAAGACAAGCGUGUGUACCUGACCCUAUAGUGUUAAAAACACAUGUAGGGUCCCUUCCCUGCUUUCCCCUUACCCCCUACCCCCCUUUAAUUAAUAAGAAACCUUUUAUUUCCAGCGCCAAGUGGGUCAACGGCACUGGCCCUGCUCUCAGUCAGCCUCCUUGGAUGACAUCACCAGAAUUGAUCAUCUCAUCCAAUCACAAUGCUUUGCCAUAGGAAAGCAUUGAUUGGCUUAUUUCAGGUAAGGAGGCGAGAUGGAGCCACACACCUCCCUAGCCAAUCAGCAUCUCCUCAUAGAGAUGUAUUGAGUCUCUGCAUGGAGACACUGAACUGCAGUGCUGCACAGUAUGCAGGACUGACCCAGGAAACACCUCUAGUAUCCAUCUGAGAAGUGGAUGUUCCUAGGCUGUAAUGUAAAAAAUUUGUAAGUUGCAUUCAGAGAAAUGGCAGUGUUUACAUCAAAAGGCCUGCAGGGCAGGCUAUAGACACCAGAACAACUACAUUAAGCUGUAGUUGUUCUGGUGACUAUAGUGCCCCUUUUAAGUUACAUAUAGAUCUUGUAUUAGUAAGUUUUCCAAAUUGCAGGUGGGCAUAGAUCGACAAGAUUUAAUUUCUCUUUGCUCAAUGCUUGCCUUCUUGUUGGGAUGGAUUGUAUGAUAGAUGACCUUUUUGAAUACAUAAUAAUCAGUUUGUGUAAGCUUUAACAGCCCGUGUUAUUCUACUCCAUUGCUCAGUGUAAACAGGCUGGUAAAGCUCAAAACUGUCCUGGAUUCACUCACACUCUCACCAUUAUUCUUGUUGCAGAUUGCAGAGGAGUUUCUUUUGGAAAGGGACAAGCAGGCAAAAUGGAAUAGCAUCCCCUUCCUUCUACGCAGACUUUACUGUGAUAGUCACCCCAACAGUGACUUCGCCCACUGUCACAGCAUCUUAAAGGUAAACACCCUGAGCCACUCAUUCGAUCCUUUACAUUAUCGUUUUGUGUCUUUUGUCUGGUCGUCAGAUCUGGAUACUGUACUUUAGCCAGAAUUACAGUGUUUAUCUUGUGUGAAUUAAACUAUUAACAUGAAGCCCAGUAAUGGAAUCUUUAUUCUGAGCAGGAAAUCUCUCCACUACUGUCAAUGGAAGCCAUGGCAAUUGUGACUGAUGACAAGAAAACAAGCACGGAGCUGCCAUUUCCCAACACAUACACCUUUGAUUUGUUUGGAGGAGUGGAUGUAAGUAAAUACCUGUUUUGCGCCAUAUGCUACACUGCCUCCUUUAUCUUGUGCAUGUUUGAGAGUGGAUGGUUUACUGCCAGUACAGUGGAGUCCUCGUUAUAAAACAAGGAACGUUUUAAGAAGGUGAUCCUAUAAAUAAAAGGUCGAUAUUUAGGAAGGUCUGUGUUUGUUUUUUGGUUUGUUUUUUAAGAUCAUAUUAAUCAAUAUCAUUUAGAAAGUGUCAUUGUAGGUAGUGGUCUUAGGGUGUGAACCAGAGUUCAGAUGAAAGAGAUAAUAGACAACGAAAGAAAGGAUAAGGUGAUAGGGGAAGAGGUGGAGGACCGGGUACAGUAAUAAGUAAAUGAGUGGUGUAGGUGAAUUAUUUUAUAAUUAAUGGAUCACUGUGCUAAUUCUACAAUGGUAUUUGGGUCUAAACAAAAAGUUAAGAACCACUAGUUUGGAUAAUGUCCUGUGUUCACCAAGAAAUUUGUCCCUGUAGCAAGUACACAACCAAGAAACUGCCCCUUAUCAACAUUCAAUGCAAUCACAUAAAUUCUAUGGAACUCUGCAAACCUGACGCUUACAUUCUGAUAUUACAGAUUGCUUAUAUACUUCUUUAACCCUUUAUUUAUUUAUUUUUCUCCUUAGCUUCUGGUGGAGAUCCUAAUGAGGCCGAGCCUUUUUCCACAGAAAAAGAAACAAAAAAGUAAGUGGAAAUCCAUUCAGAUGGUGGUGUUGGUAAUUGUGGGUUUUUUAUUCUUUGUUCAGUCAGCAUUUCAACUUAUUGGAUAACAUUUCAACAUGACUAUCCUAAAUGUUAAUUUUUGUUAAAUCUGAUUUGCUGCAUAUACAUUUUAUAAAGAUGUUAAUCUUUCCAAUUUUAUUUAAAAGCAGUAUAAAAGCAUUUGUUUUUACAUAUUUUUAAUCAAAAAACUAUGCUCAUCUCUGAACUUCCUUCAUGAACCAGGAAGUGAGUGAGCACAUCUUCCUGAUGUGAUUAUGUGAUGGUGGUUUCCAAAGUUAGUAACACUUUGUUUAUUUUUUUGUUUUUGUUUUUUGUUUUUGCUGAAUCAAUAGAGGAAGCCCUGAUUAGCAGUGUUAAUUUUGUAGAGUAACUAUAGUCUACUAACAUUUUUGAGAUUUAGUCAACUAAAACUAAAAUGGGUUUUUAGUCCAAAGACUAUGACUAAAUUGAAAUUUGCCUCCAAAAUUAGCACUGCACAGAGGGCAUGUGGAAGGGGCAAAAGAGACAGACCAGGGCUUGGGAGAGAGGCACCUAGAGGGGCUGGGGAAGAGGCAAAAAAGACAGAGGCUUUAACUAAGUUUUACUUGUGUCUACUAAAAUCUGCUGGAGAUUUAGUCGACUAAAACCAGAGUAAAACUAAAACAAUUCAGAUCACUAAAAUUAAAAUGGCUUUUUUUUAGUCAAAAGACUAUGACUAAAAUUAACACUGCUGGUUCGGUUACCUGUAUGAAUUUCAUUAAAAUUCAGAAUUGCUUGAGUGAUAGCAUUGCUACAUGAUCAGAGUAGACUGCGUAAAGCCCCUGUGUGUGCCUCUGGAGCUGGUGGUAAAACUGCCGCUGUAUUUGUCAAUUAUUGUCCUAAAGUUUUCAGUUUCUUUGCCAGUUCUUCACAAUUACCAAAUCCAGUGAUUAAAUGCUAAACAAACUAGUUACUGUCUUCAUGUCUUUUCCUUGACUCUAUACAUUAUCACAACAGUCAUUUUCCCCCUUUAUUAUAUAUUAAUGUGAUAUUUUCUCUCUUCCAGUUAGUGACGAUUUGAUCAAGGAAUGCCUGAGUAUCCUGUACAAUACAUGCAUAUGUGUAAGACCUUAUAUUUAUUUUAGACCACACAGAAACAAAAAUGUUUUCCAACUUCAGUGACGUUUUAGCUCUAAAUCUAAAAGGCAACAAAGGGAACAUAAGCUUAGCUGAGGCACUAGCUACCUCCAUACCCGAUUCUUCUUCUUUUUACAGCAUUUUGUCACAAAGCAACUUAAACAUUGACAUAAACUAUUUUUAUAGUCCCCAAAUAAAAGGUGUGCACAUGUAUAGUGAAUGUGCAAAAUAAUAGAGGUACCACUAAGUGGUAUAUUGCACAAUUCUUUGAGAAGGAAAUCAUCCACUUUUUCGAGUAGUGAAGAAGGUGAAGGUUUACCAUCCACCGCCCUCCAAUUUAACGCCAUACUGGUUUUCCUGAAAUGACGUCUGUUAGAAAUGUGUAUGGGUACACGAUUGUCUUGUAUUCUAGGAACAUCAUGAAAGAUUAGUGUACGCACCUGAGAUUACACCUGGUCCAAUGCAAUGGCUUUAUAUUCCUUGGCCAUUAUCUAACGGAACAGACCAGUUAUUGGCCUUGGGUUGAAAACCUCUCGUGACUUUUUCUUAACAUAAUCAUGUACGGAUUGUCUGUCUGAUGCGAGUAGAUUUACACCAGUGACUCAAUGCAGGUUCUAGGUGGUCAUGCAAGAUAACUGUGUUUAAAAGCAGGAACGUUUGCAGAAGAGUAGUUACAAAGCAGGCCAGUACAUACAAAAUAAAUAAAUGUUUAACUCUCGGCUUUGUUAAGAUUAUAUAAUGUUUUACAGCGGAUUUUUUUAUUUGAAAUAUUUCUGCAGACUGAAGGCGUCACUAAGCGGCUAGCCGAACGAAAUGACUUUGUGCUUUUCCUGUUUACGUUGAUGACAAACAAAAAGACCUUUCUCCAAACGGCAACUCUCAUUGAGGAUAUCCUAGGCGUCAAAAAGGUUUCCUAUUGUUUUAUUCUUCAAGUGGGACAAGUGCAUGGUACUAUUAUAAGGGUGUAUCUGUCCACAGAUCAUUGUAUACAGUAUUGCUCAUUCUAUUGGUCCUCUGUAACAAAAAUUGGCAAAAAGUGCCAUACGUAUAUAAAUUUAUAUAAGAACAUAUUUCAAUCGAUUUUAAUUUUAAUGGUGCUAGGUGGAUUUAAAAGUACAAUUUAAGCCGCAAGGUGCAUAUCAGUAGUAUACAAUAUGCUCCUAUAUAAUCGCUACUCCCUCCCGCCUCCCCUUAUGGCCAAGUGGGGAAGGCGAUGGAGACUAAUACCAACAUAUAAAUGCUCACCCUCAGCAAAUAUGCAGGAAGCUUCCUUCAAGGUACUGACCCAAUGGUACUGCACACCACAACCGCUUCAUGCUCAGUUGCCAGAAAUCUCCGAGAUCUGCUGGAGAUAUGGUCAGGAGACGGGAGACAUGUCGAGUAGUACAGGCAUUCUGGGAAAGCGUAUCGAGGCAAUCAACAUCAAAGGACUCUGCUCAGAUGACCCCGGUGGAUAAUUUUCUCAACCAUUUCCUAGUGACUUUUAAACAUAUCCAAUGAUCAGUCAUUCUGAGGCUCUUGACGGUAGCUAAAACUAUGAUUUUGAGAACAUGGAAAUCGCCAGUGACCCCAUCGUUUUGGGCAUGGGUUGAGGAGGUCACAGUCGGAGGACAUAGAGGCCAAGGCAAGGAACACACAUGGGUUCAACACCCACCACUAGAUUGAGAGCCUAAUUGCUUCAGAAAAGUAAUUUUUAGUUUUAAUACGGUAAAUCCCCGACAUACCAUCUGCCUGGGAUUCUACACUCCCUUAACACUGGCACAAAACCAAGUUGGGAACGCUGAAUCGUUGAAGGGAACCAGGGAUGCAACUCUUUAUAAUCGAUUUUUAACAAACAGACAUAAGAGUCGGUUAUUGUCAGAGGAAGAAUAAACUGGAUGGAAUGGGGAUGCCACAACAUUUUCUAUCCUAAUAUUCUACAAUCGUACAUCUAAAUGUCACACAUAGGGGAUGGUGUUUGCUGACCCUGAAUUACAGCUAUCUCAAAGAAAUGUAAACUCAUAAAAGUGAGUUUCUCUUGGAAUUAUCUCUUUGUAAAGUGAGGAAAAACCCCUGAAGCAGGUCAUCAAGUUGAAGUUCUUUUAGGGGUGUUUUGAGUGUUCUUUUAAAAUGAUGAUAACAUUUGGUAACAUUACUGUUGAGCUGCUCACCUAUUGACUUGUUUUUGUCUUUCCUACAAAUCAAAUCUAUAAACGUGUGUUUUUGACGAAGUCAUUUGUGUACUCCUAAAUAUGUAGUGUUUGUUAUAACACUACUUGCACACACUAUCACGUGUUUUGUACAAUACACUGUGGCAUCUAUGUGGCAUCAGCAUGAAUGUAGUCUAGAAGAGAACGUUCAUCCUUGUGUCUUUUUUAUUUAUUUAUUUAUUUUUUAUUUAUUUUUUAACUUUUUCUUGUCUUAUAAUGCACACUACUUUCAUUCAGUGACAGCAUUAUAACUCCGACUACCUUGUUUAGCAAACAGGCUUAUCUCUAAUCUUCUAGCUGCUUAAUAAACCCAUUAACUGUUCUUCCUUCUGCUUACAGGAAAUGAUCCAGCUGGAGGACAUACCCAACCUUGACAGUUUGGUGUACAGUUUUGAUCAGCAGCAACUGGCAAACUUCUGCAGAAUCCUCUCGGUCACUAUAUCUGAACUAGACACAGGAAAUGAUGACAAGUAUACUCUCCUAGCCAAAGAUGCACAGCAGAAGAAAAUCCCAAACCCCUCCAGAGCAGAAAUAAAUCAAGGUGAGGAUCUUAUUUUUGCUUCUUUCCCCCCAAGGUUUUAAGUUCAUGGGAUUUUAAAGGCCAGCGCUUGGGUCUUGAGGUACGCUUUAGUAAGUUUUCUUGCUUUCUGUCUAGCAGGUAUACUCUGGUACAAGCUCAAUGCUCCCAGCCUUUAUACUUCUUAACUUUUGCUGCCAUGCUGCUAUUUCCUGAGAGCUGUCACUUGUAGCUUUCAUCAGGAGUGUAUCAUCACGAACUGUCCAAGUAGUGACAUUUCAUGACAGUAUGUCCAGCUCUGUGUCACUUGUAUACUUGUUGAGUCUACUAAAGCACACUGGCUUCACGCAGGAUAAAGAAAAUAUAUUGGACUGUCUCACACUGGAGUUGCGGUAAAUUGAAAGCUUUAUUAGUGUACACCGGCACCAAGCAUGUAACAUUUAAGUACAGAGGCCUUAGUUAUGAAUAAAAUCCCCACACCCUCCACCAAACCGUAAUGUCUCAUAGAUUAGACAAUCACAUUCCAAAAACAUGUGACACCCUAUCACAUGAUAUUGCUAAAUGACAAAAGUAAACAUUGUGAAGCUGUACUUAAUAUACUAUGCACUAUUGUUUGCUUCCAUUAAGAAAACUCUACAGGCCCAAACUGAAUGCACUGGUGAGGCAGUAAUGUCUAGAUUUAACCAUUGACAUGAUGGAACUUAUGUGUCUUUUGUUACUUUGCAACAGACGGUUAACCAAAUCUUUUAUCAUCUUCCACGAUCCAUCCAGUCCUUCCUAACAUGUGGCAGGCAAUGGAGUGUGUAACUCUCCAUGUGGCACAAACACUGCAUGAUCUUUGAGAUCUAAAACAUAGGAGUAAAUAGUCCUUAAAAAGUUGCCAUUACCUCCUUUUCUGAGAGGCCUGGCUUAAUACUGUAGAACAUGUUUGGGUGUUAUGGUAAAUUGAUUUAGGUCAUAUUGGUGCACGUGAAUAUAAAAAAAAAAAAAGCAAGUCUGCUUUUAUUUUAUUGCCUGGACAACUCGCCGCAAAAUAUUUCCAAACCAGUGGCUUGUGAAUAAAUAAUCUUCCUCUGCUGAAUGCUUAUCCACAUACUGAUUUCUUGACUCUGCAUCUCACAGCUACCCUGUUAAAUAUCCCGGGAUUUAUUGAACGGUUGUGCAAGCUGGCCACAAGAAAAGUUUCAGAAUCCACCGGCACGACUAGCUUCCUGCAAGAGCUUGAAGAGUGGUACACGUGGCUAGACAAUGCAUUGGUUCUAGAUGCUUUGAUGCGCGUGGCUCAUGAAGAAACAGAACAGAGUGGUACAGGUAAUGCCAUGUUCCUUUUGUGAUCUUUGAUUUUUAAUUUUGUAACAUUUCAGCAGAAUUAUCAUUCCACAAACAACACUACUAGUUGAAAAAGUCCAUCUAGUCCAACCUUGAAACUCUCACGGUCUUCCUUGUUUUCUUUGUGGUUUCUGGAAUGGUGCUAUAAAUUUCAUGCCUCGAAUCCUCUGCUGUAAUAACUGGAGUCGCUAGUUGUGCAGAUUUUACAGAGCAAUGCGUCCCAUGAGGCUUGUGAUCUCUGCUUUCCUGUCAUUUUCCUUCACUCUGAUUGGUUAAAAUCCAUUUUACUUUAUUAUUUUUUUUGCCACGGUAUCAUAUGCCCAUAUUGAAUUGUAUUUAUUCCUGGUCACAACUCCCGUUCAGCGCUGCUUAGACCACUAGUGAUGCUGGACAUCUGUAAAAAGCUGUUUCAAUCACAGGGUGAAACUGAUUAACAUUUUUAAGUCCAAAAUAGUAGAUCCUCUCUCCCCUCUCUCUCUCUCUCUCUCUCUCUCUCCCUCUCUCUCUCUCUCUCUCUCUCUCUCUCUUCUCUCUCUCUCUCUCUCUCCCCCCUCUCCGCAUUAAAAAAUAAGUUGAUUUUAUGGUCUGCUAAAACUUUGUAGUAAUGUUAUAUCCCUAUCCUAGAAUCUUCAGAUGAAAACAGUCUUGCAAAUGCUUCCUCCAGGACCCAGUUGCCUCAAUCCAUGAAGAUUAUGCAUGAGAUCAUGUACAAAGUGGAGGUUCUCUACGUGCUGUGCGUUUUGCUAAUGGGACGGCAGAGAAAUCAGGUCAUUUGAAAAAAAAUUACUUUUGUGAACUAUACUCUGAAAGCUUUAAGCCACUUCAUAACAUUAUGAUUCCUGAGCUUUAUUUUUUUAAAAAAAUUUUAUAGUUUUUUUUUUUAAAACUCCUUAAGGACACAUGACGUGUGACAUGUCAGGAUUCCCUUUUAUUCCAGAAGUUUGGUCCUUAAGGGGUUAAACAACCUAAUUGCUGCAUCCAAUUAUAUGUCCCACUUCUACUUAUUUGCUCUGAUAUUUACAUCCUACUAUCUUUCUUUUCCUUAUAAAAUUAGCAGUCAUAAUCUGUAAAAAUAUCAGUUCCAUCAGCUAGGUUUGACUAAAUUACAGGGGAUGAUUAUUUACACAAAUAUUACAUAGCCCAGACAGGUUGCUCGUAUCCUACACAGCACUCCGUGAGACCGUUUUGACAAUGUAGUAUAUGAAAAAAUUUGCCUAUGAUUAAAAUGGCAGAUUAAUGUGUUUCACGUGCACACUCCAUUAUAAAUCUCACUCCUUAACACAGACCGCCCAUGUGCCUUCCUUCUUACAUUAUAUGGGUGCAUUGGUUAUCUAUAUCAUAGAAUUUACACAUGCACACACUCACUUAUUUCCUGAUUUAGAUCCAUGUUGGCACAAUUAUGGAGAAGUCAGAAAACCAGUGGGGACGUAGGAGGGAGAGGGGGAGCAAAGUAUAUUCAUGAGAUUGGGGUAGGGAGAGAUGUAAUUAAGAUUCAUGGGUUUGGGGGAAGAUUUUCUUAAAUUUUCCCAGUAGUAUACUUGGGAGCCAGGCGUUACGUUAUCAAGUGGAUACUUCAAUUCCUGCUGAUCUGACAGAGCUUCAAACCAAUAACUUUGUGCCUUUCAUUUCCUGUUUAUUACAGGUACACAAAAUGAUAGCUGAAUUUAAAUUGAUCCCAGGUCUGAAUAACCUCUUUGACAAGCUAAUCUGGAGGAAGCAUUCACCGUCUAAUCUAGUUCUCCAUGGACACAAUCAGAACUGUGAUUGCAGCCCGGUGAGUGGCGGAGGCUUUACGUGGCUAUUAACUAAAGUGAGAAUUCAAAGUCCGUCUCAAAUUGAAAGCAUAGCAAAACUGAUUUGUUUUCCAGCUUGGUUAUUUUGAUUUUAAAUUUGAAAUUCACUUUGAAUUCACAUUGAAUUCUUUCACCAUCACGAGUGCUAAUAUCACUGUAGAAAAUGGAACCGUAUCAUAAUUUGAAUUGCAAAAUAGUUCAUUAACCGGUAGCCUGUUUGUUUACUUGAGAUAUAUUUCAUGCUCCACUGCUUGGACUUUUCUUACUUCCAAGGUUGCUGGGAUAAAGCCAUCAUACUGUUGAUCACACUCGUGAUGUGAUUGGUACUAUGUGUCAUAUACUCACCACAUGCUGUGCCCAAAUGCAGUCUUAUUCAUUUCCACCUGUAGCCAAAACCAUUUUUUCUUUAAUGUUUUGUUUUUUUAAGAAAUAAAAUUAAAGUGGCAAAGUAACGAUUAUAGCUUGUCUAAGUGGAUAUACUGUGUAGAGACCAUGAACACCAUUCCCCAGUUUAAUAUGAAACAUUUUAAGAGCUGUUUGAUGUAAACGGAACCAGUUUUAUCCAAGUUGACAUUGAUGAUACAGAAGUAUUAAUUCCGAAUAAUUGUUGGGGCAGUUGCUUGACACGAGUAAGACCCUGUGUGUGUGUAUGUUGUUGUUGUUAUUAUUAUAUAUUGAACUUUUCUUAAACUAUUUGAGAUUAACCUGGGAGGCUGUGCAAAGUUACUGUAGGAAAGCAAACUGCAGUGAUUAUGUUACUAAGAGUGCCGGUUUAAAACAGAAUAGCUGUACUGUCAUUUAGAAUGUCUUACCAGCAAAGUGGACUUAAGGCGGUGACCUAAUUAUAGUCAUUUAGCAACAGGAUGUUAAAAAUGAACAUCCUUCUCCUACCAGUUUGCUGUGAUGUCUAAUGCUUAAAAUUACUUAUGGGAUCAUCCUCUAAACGCGAAGUUGUCACCCAGCCUGAAUUAUUUAGGCUGAUACUCCUAUAAUAAAAGUAUAAUAUAACUUGUAUAUUGGUUUUAUAUGUAAAAUAAUUCUGUUUAAUGACUGAUAGCACAAACUAUAGGUCGUUCUAAAAGUAAACUUAAUGAUGUUAAAAUCUAUGCAGGUGCAAAUCAUUAUUUUAAUUUUAUCUAUUAAAGGAUAUUUCAUUGAAGAUACAGUUUUUAAGACUACUUCAAAGCUUUAGUGAUCACCACGAGUAAGUAAUGUGGUUUUUUUUGUGGGGGUUGGGGGUUUCUUUGUCACAAUUUUCUGAAAGUAUGUUUAGAGAAAAUUCUAAUUCUUUCCUAGGUGGCAGUACGUAAUAUUUAAUUAAACGUAGCUUAAGGUCUCCUACAGUUUUUGGGAUGCCUCUCCAGAUUAUACAUUAAAAUGUACAGCACGGCUUGUAAAUUAUAUUUACCAUACAAUACCCCCCUUUUUAUUUUUUAAUUUUUCAUUGUGCUGUGUCAGAUAUUUAAAAGAGAACAGUCUGGCUUCUGUCCUGUUCACUACAUUACUGCAAAAUCCCUUUUCCCAUGAUGCAUAGCGCAUCUCAAUUAAGUCUCUUAAGGUUCAUCAUAAUGUAUGUAUUUCGUAUUUUUUUUUUUUUUUUAAAUGUGAAGUGGUAAUUUUCCUCCAGUCCUGGUCAGAUCUUGCUCUGAUCUCUCCUCACCUUUCACAGCCAUAUCAAAAUGUGUUAUGGGAGGGCAGCACUGACCCACAGAGUGCACAAUAACCUGCUUCUCCCUCCAAAUUGAUCUAUAUACACACAAUAAACAUUUUUUUUUAUUUUUUUUCCAGCACAUCCUUUUCAGCUCAGUGUUUGUUUAUCAAAGUGUAAAAAUCAGCAAUGUUUUAACUGUGGCCUUUGUUAAUCUUGACAAAGACCACAGUUGUGGUGGAAACAUUGCUCCUUAUUACACUAAAAACACUUUUUAAUAAAAUGACAGAGCUGGAACCUUGUUUUAUUUUAUUAUUACAGCUCAGUAAGUCUUGAUAGAAUAAUUGUGUUCAAUGGAAGCACUUCAUAUAUCACAAACCCUUUUCGUAGGUUGUGGUGUAGUACUGGCAGUCGGUCAUGUUGACUAUUAUUUCGGCAUACACUAGGAUUUUAUAGAACUCAUUCAUUUUUAUUUUAUUUUUCCUGUAUGCAUUAGUGAUACCCUCUAUUAAUAUAAUAAUUUUCUUAUUUUUUAGAAACAAAUAUCUCCUCCUAAACAGUCAGGAACUGAAUGAGCUGAGUGUGAUUUCCCUUAAAGCCAAUAUCCCAGAUGUAGAAGCGGUGUUGAACACAGACCGGUAGGUAACACUAUAUGCUCACAACGGUUACUGCGUUUUCCUAGAUCUGCACAAAUAUAAUCUGACUGCUGGAUAUGUUAUAUUUUAUAGUCUUUGCGUUGUACAGCACAUAACUCUCCCUAAUAAUGCAUUAUAUCAUUAUGAUCUCCCACCAACAUUGGGCACUGUAAUGUGACCUCCAAGCAAAGCACCAAUCACAGUGCAGAGAUUGUGGCCGCUACCAUAGUCUCCUGUGAAGACACCAUGUCUACAAUCUUAUCUAUACACUGUGCUUUUGCUAAAAAGUUAUUUCUGUGCUAUUUUUCCUGAUUUCAUUAGCCUUUGCUGCUGUUAUCUAAUUGGUAUCAUUGUAAAGUCCACUUUCCUGGCUAUUCCCAGUGUUUGCAUUGCAGGAGGGGGUUUGCAGAGGCAAAUAAUUGGUUAUGGUAAUUGCCAUAAUUGUUUAUAGAGACUUUGUGUACUGCUGCUAUUAUUUUUCGGUUUUGAAGAUUUAGUUGCCAACAUUGUUGUACUACGUGGCAUCAGUUUACAGCCCUGUUUCAACCUUUCUUCAGUGUCUAUUUAACUUGCUUAAGAUCUCCAUUAAUUGCAGGAGCUUGGUCUGCGAUGGGAAGAAAGGCUUGUUAACAAGGUUACUGCAGGUCAUGAAGAAAGAGCCAGCAGAAUCGUCAUUCAGGUGAGGGCAGCAUCCUGGUUUUUAUAUCAAUUCAAGAGAUUUGUCUGAGAAACAUGAAAAACAUGAAAUGUAUUUAUUUAUUUUUAAAUACAAUUGUGUUUUUGCCUAAAGAUAAAUUUCCCAUUGAUAUCUAUUGUUGAUGGGCUAUUUGUUGAUCAAUUGUACCGAUGCAAAUUUGUUAACUUUGCUAAAAUAAAUAUGUGUCUCUAUAUUAUAUAUAUAUAAUGUAAAAAUCUUACCUGCCAUCACAAUGUAUGAGUGAUUUUCUUUUUACUGGAAGUGAAUGCCUUAAGCUCACAGACUAGUUCACUGGUUUUAUACAUUAAGGAGUAAUAACUUUAGAUAUCUCUUGUAUGCAUUUGAAAGCAUUAUAUGGUGAAGAUCUUGACUGUUGAUGUCUGUAUAGGUUCUGGCAAGCACGGGCUGUUGAAAGCUUCCUUCGAGGAGUUACAUCCUAUGCUGACCAGAUGUUUCUUCUCAAAAGAGGACUUCUAGAGGUAAGCUUUGCAGAUGAGCAUAUUAUGGUUGACAUGAACAUACAGUUCCUCCAGUGAAGUGUUGGCUGGUGUGUGCGUUUUGUUUUGUUGUGUUUUUACAGAAAUUAUGUCCUAAUGUUCUUUCAGUCUCUGGGAUGAUUUGAUGAUGAAUUAUUCUUCAAGACCUCUCUCUUGUUGUUGCAGCACAUCCUAUACUGCAUUGUGGAUAGUGAGUGUAAGUCACGCGACGUCCUUCAAAGUUAUUUUGACCUUCUUGGUGAACUAAUGAAAUUCAACAUUGACGCUUUUAAGAGAUUUAACAAAUACAUCCAUAAUGAUGAAAAGGUAAGUAGUCUAGAAAUUUCAAUGUAGUGUUAUCCUAAUUGGGUUUAGGUCUUGGAUCUUGCAAAAUGCUGUAAUGAAAGUGUCUGUCUGUCUUUCUAUAUAAACACACAGAUUGCAAAAUAACUUAAGUAAAAUCUCAAGGAUUGGAGAUGGAGACGUAACCCAAAAUUAUACAAGUGGAUUUCAAAUUUAAGACCAAAAUAGCAUCACAGAUUUGUCAGGAUGUCACAGUGUCCAUUCAUGGACAUGUUAAAUGCCUUAAUGGAUGUUAUUGAAGGGCUUCUGAAAACAAUUAUUUUAAUCAAAUAAGCUGGGCAUCAUGGAGAUGGCUGUACAGGGAUGUUACAGCAUGGUCAAACCAAUUUUAGAUGUACUAAUUUCCAAUGGUCCUACAUUGCUAGGCAAUCUGCAUUACAUUUAUUUAGUAAUUUUAUGUAAAUGAGGGCCUUCUUGCAACUGGCUAGAUUAGAUUACUGGGAAAUGGCAACAAAUAGCCCUGGGUAUGUGUGCAUAUGAAAUGAUUAUCUUUAUAUGUUGGAGGUUUUGUUUGGGGGGUGGAGGUUUUUUUUUAUCAACUCUAGAUGACAGUCUUGGUGCUUAAAAGUAAAAAGGUGCACAAUAUGGAGUUUAACAGUGAAGCUCAAACACCUUGAGUGGUAUCCCCUAAACCACAUCUACAAGAUACAUAGAAAAACAUACAUACAUAAGGUGGAGCUUCUUGAAUACACGUUAAGAAGAUAUCUGCAACAAUAAUAAUAUAAAACACAAAUAGUGCAAUAUUGCUAUAGCAAAUAUAGUCUUAUAGAAAGAAGUAUAUGGUAUCAUAUACGGGAGCACUGGAAGACCAUUACUGCUUCAAAGAAUUGUAGAAUCUUGGUUUCCAGCUGAAUUGAGAGGAAAAGAAAGGAUUGGGCAUCCUGGAAUAGUCCACAAGCAUUUACCAUCUGAGUCAUAUGUGGUUUAUGACUCUAGACUUGUGAGUCUUGGUGCUUAGUCUCCCAUGAAACUGCAUUGCUUAAUUAUCUUAUACUGAACAAUUUUUAAAAAUCAACAAUCGGGUUUUUCCCUCUACUAGUCUUUUAAAUAGUAUCAACAUUUUUAAGCAACUGUUGUAACGUUUCUUGGUUUCCUUUUUGUCUGUUAGUUUCAGAUUUUUUUGAACCAGAUCAACAGCUCGUUGGUGGACUCGAACAUGCUUGUGAGAUGUAUUGCUCUAUCCUUAGACAAAUUUGAGAAUCAAUCGGAGGAAAUUAAAGGUGAGAAUACUCUUCAUAAAUGGAUGGGUGCAGUGAUGAAGUAUGUACUACUUUGGGUGCUUAUAAAAUGUUUUAUGAUCUUAAAUGCCCUUACAAGAUGUGCUGUUGCAGACAGAGUUUGUCAUAAAAAAUAAGUCAUUUGCAUACAGUGUUUUGCGAAUUUCUUGACCUAUUAUAAGCCAGUUUAAAUGGAUUCAGAGACAUGAGGCUCAUUGAAUCUUAACCUAAAGACUGCAUUGCUAAUUAUUACAUUUGUCCUUUUUAAUGAUGCUUGUGAAAAAUGAAACUGGCAAAAAAUAUAUGUUAAGAAAAUAUAUAGUACUUCAAUGCCUGUCUUUGUCUGUGGAUUGUAACCACAUGAAUAAAUUCCGCUACUACUUGAAAAUACUUUGCAACAAUGACAAUUGGAUUUUCCGCUUGGAAACCGCAGGUGUUUUUUAAGACAAGAUUUUAGGCAUUUUAAUACAUAAUAAUGUGUGUGUGGUUAUCAGAAUAUACCAUAUACAUGAACAGCAACUAAAACUGGAGCUAUCACAAAUCUCAACGUUGAAUAGACGUUGUGUAAGUAGACAUCAACAUCUGCUAAUGCAGGGCCCGACAAAUCCUAGGUAUUUGUGAGUCCGUUCAGCUCCCGAGAUGACAGCUGAAGCAGGCAGGCAACCAGCCGGCUCAUGGGGAGCUGACUCAGUAUGGUGGCGAGGAAGCGGUCAUCUCCCUACUAUGCUCUGCUCCCUUGCACGCCCUCCAGUGAUGCUGGAAGCCAGGUUAUUACAUCACCCGGGCUCACUAAACAGCGUGAGCUGUCUGAAAAGUCUAAAUUUUUGACGUUGAGAAACCUGGCUCCUAUUUUUUUUUUAUUUUUUUUUAUUUUAGCUGGCUCUCAGAUUACAAGCAAAUUUGUCCAGCCCUGUGGUAAUGUUGCUUUUAGGCAUUUGACAAUGAGGUUUAUUGUAAGUCAUAGUAAAUAACAAGGAAUAACAUUUCUUAGUAGACUGGCCGAACAGUUGGCUACUAUUACAUGCCUGGAGGGACACACACUACAGGGUGAACUUCUACUUUCCUGGGCUGAAUUUUUACUUGCAAAUGGGUAGUGGGGGUGAAUGCAAAUUUGGAGCCCCAUAACUAACAUAUCCUUCUUAAUCUCAGUUGCAGAAGUGCUGUCUGAAUGUCGGUUGCUCUCUUAUAUGACUCAGGGGUCUAUCAGAAUGUCCUUCCUUUUCCGGUUAAUUAACAUAAUACACGUGCAGACUUUAACACAGGUAAGAGGUGUAUGCCACAUUCAAGUGCCAGACUUCUGUGAAGGGCUGGGUUACCCAAAAGAAAACUAGAACAGCUGUUGGGAUACUGGACACUAGUCCUUGCAUAUCUCCUGCUUUAUCAAAGAAUAUACAAUUAUGGGCCUCCGCUUGCUGUGAUUUGAGUGAGGAACUUUAAAUGCUUUCCUGUGUAGUCUCUCUGCAUCGCUUCCUCGUUUUGGUGAAAGAAGACUAUGAUUAGUUUGUCGUCUGUCUUGGCAGACGUUUUCUUCUGAUACAAGCAAAUGGCAGUACUGGCUUGGAAGAGGUCCCAACAGCUGAUAACUAGUAUAUAUCUUAACUAACAUUCUUUGUUUGUGUGGAGUGGGAGUUUCCUUAAUCUUGUGGAGGUCCUUUGUGAUCUCUGUAAGAGGACUUGCGAUGAAUGGUGUUUAUUUUUUCUCCUGGAGCCUUUUAGAGAUAAAAAAAAAAAAAAAGUGAGAACGGAGUGCUAUAGGGGGCCCUGAGUUAGUAUUCUAUCUACUGAACCAUUAUGCAUUUUAAAAGUAAAGUAUAAAAUGCCUUGACAACUUCGGAUCUUUUUGAUGGGUUGUUCAAAAGGUAUAUACCUAUAUAUUAUUACAACUUUCAUGAUGUAUAUCCUUCUGACUUCACCAUAGCAGAGGCCCUCAAAACCAUUCUCUGCAAUCAAAUUCAUAGCGAAGCUGCCCCACCCUGGACUCCUGCUGUGUAAUUAAACGGCCACCAUAAAUGUUUCCAACUUCUCUUGCUUAUUUGAUUUGUAUUUCACUUUCCUAGGAGAAUGUAAGCUGUUUGAACACGACUCUGGUCAUUCUGAUGCUGGCAAGGAGGAAAGGCAGGUUGCCAUACUUCCUGCAGACCAUUCGGAACAUGGAAUGCGUGGAGAAAUAUCCAGGGUUCAUCUUGAACAACUUUCACAGCCUUCUUCGCUUCUGGCAGCAGCAUUACCUCAACAAGGACAAAGACAGUACCUGUUUAGAAAAUGUGAGUGCAGUUUUUUUCCAAAUUGUCCCAUACAGCAUCAUGUACCUUCAUCUUUGCUCCUGCACUGUUCCUACUUCUUCCUAUCAGGACUAUAAAUCUACAACAACUUUGAUUGGUCAAACUUAAUGGCUGCAUUCUAACAGACAAGUACAAGGGUGAAUGCCGAGUUUACCAGAGGGGUUUACCACGCUGGAGUAGUAAAGGUGUUGUGUAAUUGUACAUGCAGUAUGUUGGCAUUAUUCCCACACACAUACAUUACUUUUACAGUCUGUGGGCAUUUAACAGAAACUGCAUUCUGAGAAAUGCCAUUAGGUUUCCGACAUGCACAUAAGCAAAAUAUGUGAGCAUUUGCCACAGUUCUGUGCGAUGAAAAAUCUGCUCAUAUAUUUAUUUUAUACAAGAGAUUGCCAUUUAAGCCAAUGUCUAUUAAUGCACCCUUGGCUUUGCUUUGUUUUUACUGAAACUAACCUGAAGGAGUUAAAACCAUUAUUCAUUUGUGGUAUCAUAUUAUAAGUAUUCCCCCCCCCCCACUUUAACACCCUCAUGACAGGCUUCAUAACCUUUGUCAUAAAAGUUACAUAUUUUCAUUUCUUGACUGUAUUGGCAUUUUAUAAUGAAUCAACACAUAUUUAAUAAUAAAUGAAUGACCUUUUUGUAUGCUCUGUUGAUUUAUGUAACAUUUUCACUUUGCAGACAUACAGACAAUAUACUUUCUGUUGUGUCAGUGACAUCCUCCCUAUACUGGGAUGCUAGAAUAAAAUCCUGAGACCAUGGGGGGGGGGGAUGAUCCACUUAAAGUAUUCUACUUGUUACAGAAAUGUAUUCAAGACACACUUAAACGCACUCUGUUGUCUUUCAGUUAUUAAUGUUUUUUUAUUUAUUUUUUACAUUCUUUUCAGAGUUCGUGCAUUAAUUUCAGCUACUGGAAAGAGACUGUAUCCAUACUUUUAAAUCCCGACAGGACAUCUCCCUGUGCCAUAGUAAGCUACAUCGAUGAGGCUUAUAUGGAUGUGGACAGAGAUUUUCCGGAAGACUAAUCCCACGAAGGACAUUUUCUAGCUCUGUAUGGACAAAUCCUUCAAACGGAUAUAGAGCGGGUAUUCAGGGAUUUGGGGAGAGCGUGUGUUCUGCUUGUGCUGGAAUACUGGAUGCACACAGCCAACAAACUAGACUUUCAUCCAGCAUCAGGCGUUGGGCACUACGCACCCCCUUUUAAACGAAGUCUGUGCAAUACAUUCAGGGACGAAACAGUCAACUGAUUUUAAAAAAGAAAAAAAUUCAGAACACAACAAUAAAUUGUUAAUUUUAACCCCUCAUUUUCUUCUGGACAAGCUAGUUAAUUUAACUUUAUUUUUUAAAAUACAUUUUAUCUGUAGAAAGUCAAAAACAAAAUAUACAGCUGUCCUAACAUAUGUAUUAUUUACAUGCAACUGUCACAUGCCACCAUUUUUAGUUUAUAAAUAAUUGCAGAUUGGCGUUAUUUAAAGGAACACUCCAAGCACCAUAAUCACUGUAGCGUUGGAGUAAGUCCGCCAGGCACUCACUGCUGUCUCACCUGCUGCCAGGAGCUACUUCAAGGUAAUUCACUCUCAGCCAAUGCAUGAUGAGUCUUCACUCAGUGACAGAAGCUUCCUGCAGCAGGGUAGGGGGCUGCUAUCACUUGGUGGAACCAAGGUAAGUUGUCAUACAAUUCUUAAACGGUUUGACUACUUAAUUUGUGAAGGUGCCAGGCCACCCCUGGUACCAUAACCACUAUAGCAGGCUGUAGUAGUUAUGGUGCUUGGAGAGUUCCUUUAAAGAAGAUGCUUCAUUGUGUUUUAACACUCUGGUUCUUAGCCUCUUGACUUGGUCAUGUAAACCUAAAACCUGAUACUUUUACUGUACUUAUACAAAAAGAAAAUGUGGCCUCUUUUUAUUGAGUUGAUACUGUAAUUAAAUUAAACUAUAUGUUUGUAUUUCUUUUAAAGUAUGCCUUUACAUUCUGGACAAUUACUUUUGUUUUUUUUUUUGUUUUUAUUUCUCUGCCAAAGGGACAUUGGGUAACAUCCUUUGGUGGAAUUCUGUUACUGCUUUUAAUAUGUUACACUUUAUAUUUUUCAGAAUCAGUAAGCAAACUCCAAACUUCUAGCACUGAAACAAUUUUUUGAUCGACAACCUCCAAGAUUAAAAAAAACCUAGGUUUCCCAGUCCUUAAUCAAGCUUUCUGCCCACCUUUUAUAGAUUGCCUAUAUCAUUUUUAUAUCCAUCGGAAAUUAGGCAGUGGCUUGCAUUUCUGUAUGUUGGUCAUUCAAUACAAAAGUGACAGUAAAACGGUGGUGUCCUCACACCCUAAAACGUAUAUUUCAUUGAAUCUCAUGGUUGACCCAUUGCACUAAUUAACUUAAAUUAUUAUUUUUUAUCCCCCUUUUUUUUUUUUUUAACAAAAGUAAAGGGUAUUUGUCUUAUUAAUAUAAAUAUCAAAAAAACUUUUUUUUCUCAAUUGUACCCCCAAGAUAACGAAGGCUUUCGUUAAAUCACAUUUUAUGGGGCAGUUUAAAGUGAAAUAGCGGGUUUAUUUCACAUUGUGCUUUUAUUUUGGUUUUAUGUGGAUUGUGUGUGUGUUAUAUCACUUUGAAAGUUCAGACUGGCUGUUGGUUUUAACACAUUAUCCACACUUGGUUGGUUGUCCAAGGAAGCUCUGGCUUAUUUAUUGGGACAGUCUGGUAAAUCUAAUUUUGCAUCAGUCCUCUCCCUAUCUGGUUCUACCUUCUAAACUGCAGUAGUCUGCAUACUUGACCGGUUUAGUGAAAGUCAUUUCUGACACCAUGGAGAAAAGGGAAAAUAAAUUGGAUCCUGACAAAUUUAGGUCACAAAUAUAUGUGCUGCCAAGAUUCGCUAUGAUAAUAUACACAACAAAAACAGUUCUACGGUGGUUGUUAUCCUAUGUACAUACCAGUUAACAUUAUUUAUGUGAGAUUAUGGCAAAUAACAUACAGAAAUAUGUAUAAAAUCAACUUGUGUUUGAAUGUGCUUCCUUUUGGAAAGUUAAAGGACCACUAUAGUCACCCAGACCACGUCAGCUCAAUUAUGUCAUCUGGGUGCCAGGUCCCCCAGGUGUUAACCCUGCAGUGAAACUGCUAUGUUUACCUUGCAGGGUUAAUCUAGCCUGUAGUGGCUGUCUUCCUGUCUGCCGCUAGAGGCGCUUCUGCGACGCUCAAUGCGAAAAUCGCACUGACCACGCACAACGUCUAUAGGAAAGUAUUGAGAAAUCAUUUCCUAUGGGCUUUUUAAAUCCCAGUCGGGAGCUGACGUCGGAGGGCGAGGAAAGGUCACCAGCGCUGAGGGAGCCCAGCACUGGAUAAAGGUAAGUGGGAGAGGGGGUCCUGAGGGAGGGGGCCCCUAAGGAUUAUAUAUUGUCACAAAAACAAGUUUGUUUUCCUGACAACUAUAGUGAUCCUUAAAUGUUUGAGUUUUCACACAGAUCUACUUUUCCAUGAUCCAUCCUGUUCUUAAAAGUUGUGGUAUAUUUGGGGUAGUGUGCAUGGAAACAAUAAUAAGGACCUGAGAGUUUGUUUGUGAACUUUGGUUUUUGAAUUGCAGGGAAUCAUGGUGAAAACUAGUUUUGAACACGUCAAACUGAUCCCUUCUUUAAAGGGACAAACAAAAGUUCUCGAAUACUGUAACACUCUGUGUUUAACAAGUGUUUUUUUUUUUAAACCAGCAAAUAAAAUUCCCUAUUAUGUGCAUAUGAAAACAUGGCUCUUUUAAUGCAGAUUUUUAUUUAUUUUUAAAAUAAAGUGAAUGUCAUGUACGUAUUGAAAGGUUUGUCCGCGUAGCAUUACAUACAGAUGCAUAGAAAUGGCUAGCAAACCAAUAAAGAAUAAAUUUAUUUUUUUUCUUUGCCAAUGAUUUUAUUUUAUCUCAGUACUAUUGGUAUAAAGCGAUAAUUAAAAAAAUAAAAAAAAUUGGUUGAAACCACAUUGAUAACAAAGCAUAGCAAAUGCAGUACUGAGUUUGGCAUGCAAUGACAUCACAAAGCCCAGAUACCUGAAUCCCAGAGUAAAAAUCAAUUUGUCAGUUGUAGGUAUAAUUUUUUAAGCUUCCUCAUUAUGUUAAAACCUAUCUAAUAUUUUCUCUUCCUUGCAGGAUUUUGUGCAAGCGUUACAAUAAAAAAAAAAGUUUAUUUUGUCUUAACAUUCUACAAUCAAUCAUAAUUCUGAAUUUUAAAGCAAUUUUUUUUUUUUUUUUUGGUCUAUAUGUUUGCAUUAAUCAUUUGUUGCCCUGGGAAUAUUUUGUUUGAGAGAUAUAUAUCGUUCAUUAAAACCUUUUGUAAAUAAAGAGAUGCUUCUAAUUUAAUGGCUUGAUGAUUUAUUUAUUCAUAGAUAUAUAGUAGAAGGGGUACAGUGUAGAUUUUGGGGGGGCAUGGCGUAAUUCCCUCUAACAGUGCUUAAUUCUAAAAAUACAUGUCCUUUAGAUCAACUGUACAAAGCGUUCUAGACAUAUGUUAUCUGUGUAUAGACAUAUACUUAUUAAAUUCACUAUUUUUGCUCUGUACUACAGCAUUUUGAAUUUAAAAUUAAAUCUGAAUUAAGUAUUAAUACAAUUAUCCACAAAAAAUUUAAGGUGAUUAUAGUCUACCAACCAUGUAGAUACUAAUUUCUACUUGUCCUAUACCUGCACAUGUUCAUUUUGUUGUAUCUUUUGAGGUCACCGUGAUUGAGUGCCAUGCUUUGUGAGGUCACAAUACAUUUUCUGCUCUACUUCAGAAUUAAUCUAAUACAGUACAUAAUGGCACUCAAUGAACUGUUACGGUAAGAUGAUCGUCUAGAAAGCAUGUCAUACGUUUGUGAGUCUUCAAAUGGUAAUAGUUACUAAUUUGAUGAAUACCCUGUGUAUGCUGUCGCGAUGGGAAGGUUUUCACCUGUUAAGGACAAAGAGCGUACAAGUAUUUAAUCUCCAAACCCUUAGUUAUGCCAUCUUUUGUAGGACAUAUUUGGACCUGAAUAUUUAAUAAAAAAAUUAAAGGGUUUGUUUUGAUUCUUGGUGGAAUAAUGGAAGGAGGUUUUAUUUUUGUUUGUUUUUUAUUUUAAAAAAAAAUGUUUUCUCAUCUUUAUUUUAUUUAUAUAGCUCCAGCAGUUUCCAUGGCGCUGUACAAUGGUUAUGAUUUUGUUGUAUUUAGUGUUCAUUGUAAGAUAUAGACCCUUUGUAAUGUUCCUUUUAAAGAAAUGUUUUUUUUAAUAAAUACAAAGGUUCAGACCUAGCUACAGCACAAAUAAAUUACACCAAGGUGUAAAAUCACUCCCCUUAAUGCAAUACACCACAACCCUUUAAUAUUGUGAUUAUGGUUUUUUGCGUAGCGUGUGUGUCUAUAGAUGCUAACAAGCCCAGGUUUGUGUCAGGUCAUUUGAGUAUUUUCAGAACGCCUAGGGCUCUCCCCGCUACUGAAUCGCAGACCAUGUGAUGCGGCUUUGCUAGUAUAAAAGAGAACGUCUGCAUUUUUCCAUCCAUUCUUGAAAGAUUAAUAUGGGCUGGAGGUGUGUUAUUUAUGCAAAGUUGAACUAAUACAGAAGGAUCACUUCCACAAGAAAAGGUGAAGAAACGGGUACCUGUUGUAACAUCUUAUGAUUGGUUAAUUUUUUUGUAAGGCCUUAUUAUUUU